AUGCACGCAAUUCCAGUUCCCAUGCCAAAAGCCCAGAACCCCAAGAACGCAAUUGGGAACACGGCAGGGAACGUUCCCGUCAAGAGAGCAGAUCUAGCCCCGCCAACCUAUGAUGCCACGCCACCAGUCCAGCUUGACAGGAACAUUCUCUUGUGCGAUUCGUCAAUAGCAAACUCGAGGGUCUGUAGGCGAGACGCGCACACGAAAAGCAGCAGUCAUCGCAGGAUGUCUUUUUCAUCAGGGUCUGGCAGGAUCAUACAGGCAAGUCGGAUGGUGAAGUCGGAACAGUUCCACCAGAUCGAGUCAUAUCUUCCCCAUGCUGUUCGCAGGGGUUUAUAG